CGGGGAUUCGCGUUUGUUCCAGAAAAGCAUGUGUCAUUAAGAGUCCACCACCUGUUAUAAUAACGAACGCAAUUAGUCUUCAUUUUAAGGAUGGUCUAAUAAGAGUAAAUGGAAGCUACAUAACCGUACCUUUGGAAUACUCUGUUAUCAAUUAAAUGGUUGAUGCACGUCCAUUCAAAAACUGCUUGCUUUAGUUGAUCCAAUUCGAUGAUGAAAUAGGGGUCUGACACAUCGCCGGACCAAAACGACCCCCCAAAAAUGAUGUCCACCAAUGGCGAGCUGGGGUCCCUCGUGGAUUUUAACAAGAAGGCCUCUGCCGCGACCAUCAUCAACAAGAUCAACAACGCUUCGUACGCAUCCUCGUCGGAGAAGAUGAUGAAGAGUAGCAGUUCUUCCUCUACGUCGAGCAGUUCCUUGCUGAGCAAGAAAGCGCAGAUUCUCCACCACGCAAUGUCUUCGUCGAGUCAAGAAAUGAAACAGCAACAACAGUCGCAACAACAAAAUGAGGUAUUUCAGGAAAACCGAAACUUCUGUCGCAGCGUGAGCGUCACCAGCAACUCGAGUGCCAGCUCUGACUCGCGCCGGAAAAUGAUCAGCAACUCCUCAUCCGCAGCAUCUCAGGCUCUAGUCCAACGUGGACUUUCUGUGGACGAGCCCCUCUCGGAGGAGGAAGGUCCAGUGGGACUAAGAAGGGAUUCCCUGACCACCUCCUCCUCCCCGUCCGAAGUCAAGUUCGAACAAAAACGAAUGAGCUCCUCCUCCAAAGUCAAAGUGAGCACUUCCGACGGGUAUUCGGCAGAAAAGUCGGCUGCCACCAACCAAGAAAGGAAAAGACUUCAGGCUGGAAAUGUCAGUUAUGAAGAGAAGUUUGCCUCUACAGCCAUGAAGCAGAAACUCGAAGCAGAUGGGUUCUCUUCCGAAAAGGUUGCCGCUGUGAGACAGGACCAAGUGCAGCUGAAGACUGCAGAUUCAUUGCAGCAGCAGCAACGCACUGCAGUGGCCGCUUCGAUGAAAUUGUCAACUGAUGAGUUCACUGCGGAGAAAGUAGCCAUGGCCAAACAAGAGGAGAAACAUCUGUUUUCGCAGGGCAUGGUUCAAGCGGAAAAGAACAUGUCAUCGUCUACUUCUGCUAAAAUGACAUUUUCUUCAAAAGGUGUGAGCAAGUCUUCUUUGGCCAGUCAAAAUAUUCAUCAAGUAGAUUUUGGAAACAUGUCAUCUUUGGGUAUGAAUUUCUCUGGCUUCACUGGCAGUAACAUGGAACCAUUCUCUUUCAAUUCAAAUCAAAAUCUUUCAAUAAUGCAAGGAUUAGAGGAGGACAUUCAGAUUCUAAGCGAGGAAUCCUCCAGUUCUGAAGUUGAGAAGGCAGUACAACGGUUUAAAAGUCGCAUGGCAACUUGUGUGGAGAAGUUAAAAGUAGCCUCUUCGAUUGAAGAAGCUACCACGCUUUUAUCCACUAUGAGUGACCUUGUUAAGAAAGCUUGGGCAAUACCAAACUUUGGACAUGAUCUCGGUAUAGCCAUGUGCAACAUAUUGCGCACCAACGGAGGACUUAAAAUUGUGGUAGACAAUUGCAGCUCUGAAAAUUUAGACUUGCAGUUCCGCAGUGCGGAGCUAUUAGAACAAUGCUUGUCAACUGAAAAUCGAACGUAUGUUGUCGAAAACGGUCUUGAAAAAGUUGUCAAAGUUGCUUGUUCCUUCAGUGACUUUGAGAAGUCCAAGAGAAGAUCCGUAACUCAUUCGAGAGUGGGUACAGGAAUCCUCGAGCACCUCUUCAAACAUUCGGAAUCGACUUGCAGUGAUGUCAUCAGAAUAGGUGGACUGAGAUCAAUAAUCUUACAAAGCCGAACUUCUGAUGUUGAGACUUUAAGGCACUGCGCCACAGCUUUGGCAAAUUUAUCGUUGUAUGGUGGACCCGAAAACCAAGAGGCGAUGAUUAAACACAAAGUGCCUGUGUGGUUGUUCACUUUAGCUUUUAACAACGACGAUAAUAUCAAGUAUUAUGCGUGCCUUGCCAUAUCAUCUCUAGUAGCCAACAAAGAAAUUGAAGCUGCUGUACUAAAGUCUGGAACUUUAGACCUCGUAGAACCUUUUGUUACUAGUCAUAGCCCAGAAGAGUUUGCCAAAAGCCAUGUGGGACAUGUUCAUGGACAAUCAAAAAAUUGGUUGCAAAGGCUUGUGAAUGUUUUGGACAGCAAACGAGAGGAAGCAAGAAGUCUAGCAGCAUUCCAUUUUGCCAUGGAGGCUGGCAUCAAGAAAAAACAAGGAAAUACACAGGUCUUCCUCGAGAUUGAUGCUGUUAAUGCAUUGAAAAAGGUGGCCAGCUCUCCAAACGCUAUCGCUUCUAAGUAUGCAGCUCAAGCCUUACAACUUAUUGGAGAAGAGCUACCUCAUAAAUUGUCGCAACAAGUGCCCUUAUGGACCGAAGUUGACGUCAAAGAAUGGGUGAAGCAGAUUGGUUUUGACAUGUAUACGCAAGAGUUUUUAAACAGUCGGGUUGAUGGCGAUUUGCUUCUACAACUAACAGAAGAUAUGUUGAAUCAAGAUAUAGGCAUAUCAAACGGAAUCUUAAGAAAAAGAUUCCUGAGAGAGCUGAGUCAACUAAAGAGAAUGGCUGACUACACCUCGUGCGACUCUACUUAUUUAAACCAAGUCCUGCAAGGUCUGGGUCCAGAAUUUUCUCAAUACACCUAUCAAAUGCUCCGUUGUGGCAUUGAAAAAGACACUCUAAAAUACAUAUCAGAGGAACAUUUGCGAUUUGACUGUGGUAUUCAAAAUAGCAUCCAUAGGCUCAGGAUAGCCCAUGCGAUUAAAGGCUUAGCGCAUUUGAGUGAUGACGAUGAGGAGGAAGAAGAUAAACAGAAAAGCCUCGAUGUUUUCGUCAGUUACCGCCGAUCAAAUGGUUCACAACUAGCGAGCUUAUUAAAAGUCCACCUCCAGUUAAGAGGUUUCACGGUUUUUAUUGAUGUUGAGAGACUAGAGGCUGGGAAGUUUGACAACAACUUGCUCAACAGCAUUCGACAAGCAAAGCACUUCCUCUUAGUUUUAACCCCAAAUGCGCUGGAAAGGUGCAUCAACGACACUGAGUGCAAAGAUUGGGUCCAUAAGGAAAUAGUCGAAGCUUUACAAAGCCAGUGUAAUAUCAUUCCAAUUUUAGACAACUUUCAGUGGCCAGAGCCUGAGACUCUACCAGAAGAUAUGAGAGCUGUCUGCUAUUUCAACGGUGUCAGAUGGAUCCAUGACUACCAAGAUGCUUGUGUGGACAAAUUAGAACGAUUUAUGAGGGGUGAGAUGAACGUUAGAAGCGACGGGCCUUUAGGACGUUACGUCGGCAUUGGCGGUAAUGCUACCCCAAGUUUACCAGGCACUGGGAGCGUGCCAGGAAGCAGGAGCAACCCAGUGUACCAGAGAAGUACCAGCAAUGAUAGUAACAAAGGCAGCACUUGCUCAGACAAAGAAAUAAAUGGAAACAACGGUUGUAAUAGACUCAGCGAAGUGUCGCAUUGCUAGAAAACAAAUUAAAACAAACUUAAAAGAUAAAAUUUUCAAAAAGGACGCAUAAUUGUGGUGUGUAAAUAAAAUAAAGAAGCAUGCAUCUGUUUGAUAAAUUAGAGACAAUAUUUUUAUGAUUGAGAAUAUAGCAUUCAAUAAAAGUUUUUUUUUAUUUGCACUGAUGAGGAGACUCAUUAGUCGUUGGUUCCUUUUAUUUGUGAUUCGUUUAUACAAAGGGUCUCAUCACGAACGAUCAAACUCUGCACAGCUAGUAAACAGGGUG